GGAAAGAGGGAGGGCCAGCGACUGAGGGAAUGGAGAGCAGGGAGGGCCAGAGAGUGGGCUCCUCGCCCGCCAGCCCGCCCGCCCCUCCCAGUCCCACCCUCUCUCUCCCUCCCUCCCUCCUUCGCUCCCUCCCUCCUUCGCUCCCUCCCUUGCCGGGAUGCCCGGAGCCCUAGGUUGAGGCGGGAGGCUCAGCAACCUCUCCCACCAGUGCGGCCAAGGCCAGGCCAUGGGCAGCGGGAGCAGCAGGAGCAGGCGGGUGCGGAGGCAGUUGCGCAGCCCCGACAGGAAUCCAAGGGUCCCUGGUGUCCAGGAGUUGGGCGAUGGGAAGCAGGGCACUGAGGCCUGCCAGGAGGAGGAGGACGGGAAGGAUGGGCAGGAAGAAGGCUCAAAGAGAGGGGCCCACGGGGACUCUGCUGUCCAAGACUCUGAGUUUCCCGCAGAUGGGGAAGAGAAGGAGCCGGAGUCAGAGUCACUGCUGCUGGACCAGGUACUGGCCGAGUCGGAGGCCUGGGACCCAACAUUCGAACCCUGGCCAAGUCGGGCCUCCCACUCUCGGCCACUGCCGAACCCACACCUGGGUGGGGCUCCCCGUUCCCAGGCGAACCUCAACAGCAGCGGAGAGCGCAAGGUAUCUCCUGUACAGAGCACCCAGGAUAUAGAAAACAAUAACAACUUUGAGACUUCCACCAGGAGCAGCAAGAGGCCAGAAAGACAAACUCCCAUCCUGUACGACUGCUCAGAAGAGGAGCUGAUGGCGAGCAUUGAGCGGGAAUAUGGCCGCUGAGAGCUGGCAUGAGCCAGGGAAGACUCAUGAUUUGGAUGACAGCUCCUGAGCAGUGCAAAAGGCACAUCCUCCCUGGAGAUAGUAGGCACCAUUAGCUUCUGUCUCUACCCCUCCUCCCCAUGAGCCAGAAGCUCACACAAUACAUAACCCAGUGUGGUCAAGUUAUUCCUCCACUAAGGGCAUCAUCUCUCUAGUAGGCAAUGGGUCGGUGGGGAGGAAGAUGUAGAGCCUUCCAGUAAGACAACAAUCAUUUCUAAAGUGCGUUUAUAGAUCCUUACACUAUUACGCCUUGAUGGGACCUUGGAGAUCAUCUGGUCCAACAUUAGUAUUUGCAGGUGAGGAAGCUCAGAUAUAGAGAGGUAAAGAUAAUUUCCUAAGGUCAUACAAGGGGCUAAUUGCCAAGCCAGGACUUGAAAUUGGGUCUCUUGACUAUUCAGCCAGUACUCUUUCUACUAUACUAUCCUACCUUCCACUCGAUAGCUGGCUUUUUAAAAUGUGACCUUUCAGAAGUCAGCCCCCAAAGGCUGACCAUCCAGCAUUGUUGUCUGAAGUGUCUGGCCAAGGGCUGUGUUGAGAACCAUUCUUACAUGGUACAGUAAAAAGGACACUGCCUCUGGGGAAUCAGAGGACCUGAGUUCAAAUCUCAACUCUGAUAUUUAGUAGCUGUGGGACCUUGGCCAAGUUACCUGUUGUUGUUCAGUCGUUUUUAGUUGUACCCUCCAGCUCUAGAGCUAUGAUCUAUAACAGGACUGUCCAAUCUUAGGUUUUUAUUGAAACAAUAGACAAUAUAUUUUGAUUUGCCAUUUUAGUGAGAGCUCUGCGGUAGACUUUGUUUACUAAAGCAUUUAUGUAAAUUUCUAUGCUUGUAGGCAAGCCACAUAAAUCCUGCUGCAGGUGCAUGGGGCCAGCUGGCUGCAUUUUGGACGGCCCUGAUCUAUAAUGAUCCAAACUGAAUAUUUGGCAUACUGAGGGGAAACUAAAUUAGAGUAUUCUAUAAGCAA